AGUUUACGGAAAUCCGGUUUAGUUUAGCUAGACAUCCGGAUUCCGGCUAAAUUGGCUCAUAGAUAGGGUACAAAAUGGACAAAUAAUUACUUAAUAUAGUUGUCUAAUGAACAGUGGACGGUGAUUUUUUUCUCUGUUACUCCCGUUAAACAUGGAGGCAAACGGCGGCGCUGCCAGAAUAAAACCCGGAGCAGGCGCAGAGCCUCUGGAGAACCAGGAUUUGAGUUUUCUUCAAGCAGCUGCUGCCGCUUUUCUUUCUCAGUAUGGAUGGUUCCUGUUGGUCCUGUGUGUGGGAGUUUACUUCCUCAUCCAGCAUGUCAGUAAGAAGAGACCCAGCCUGAAUCAGAGCUCAGCUUCAGCAGUCAGUCAAGACCCGUCAUCUGUGGUAAGACGUCAAGAAGCUUUGGAGGCGUCGCGCCAAAGAAUGCAAGCAGAGCUCGAUGCCAGAGCUGCCGAGUUUAAAGAGAAACAGCAGAGACUGGAGGAGGAGAAAAGACGACAGAAAAUUGAGAUGUGGGAGAGCAUGAAAGAAGGGAAGAGUUAUAAAGGAAACACUCGACUUACUCAGAACGAUGACGAGGCGUCCACUUCCACCACCGUCCUGAAACCAAAGACGGACAAAAAGCCUCUUCGGAGCAGUGGGUAUAAUCCAUUGUCUGGUGAUGGAGGAGGGACCUGCUCAUGGAGACCGGGUAGAAGAGGGCCCUCAGCUGGAGGAUGAGGUUAAAGGAGGUCAGAGGGACGUGACCCUAGUCACCUCUGACCCUUCAUAAGAGCAUAAGAGCGAAAAAAGCAACUGAAUGAAACUGUCUGCACUCACCAUGGUUCAGUAAUAGUGAUUAAUAUAAAUCUUUUGCUUUAAUAUUAAGUAAGAUUAGGUUGAAUCAAUAAUCAAAUACAUUUUUUAACCAGGCUACAGAUUAGUUUUCUCUCAGAUUUUCCAAAUGUUUUCAAAUCUGAGUUACAUCAAAGAGGAUUCAUAAACUAGGCUACAAAGUUUUCACAUGCAUUCUCUUUAAUGUAAUUGUGCAAGCUGGAGAGAUUUCUUUUUAAUUCAUAUUUGCACUUUUGCUACAUUUUUACAUGAUCAUUUUUAAAGAUGAAGUUGUCUGGCUUGCAGUAAUCAUAACUUUUGAAUACAUACAUAGUGGCACAUUGUAGGAUCUGACCUAUCCAUGUGAGAUUGACAGUUUCUAAUGACGCCUCCUCAUCAAAGGUACUUAGUCCAGUGGGGUUGGCUGAUGAUUUUCAGUUGUGAGUGUGUGAUCCCAAAACAUCGAAACAUUAAAAUGCUGAUCUGUAUAUCAAAAGUUUGGACACACUAGAUUGAACAUGUAUUUUUUUUCGUUGCCUUGAAAACGUUUGUAAUAAUAAUUAAAUUAAAUAUGGUUUGGCCUUCCUUGGUUACUGCAUAAUCCCAUAGGUCAUGUUUCAUAGUAAUAAUGUCUUCAUUAUUAUUCUAAUUUAGGAGUGACUAGUAGAAAUUGAAGAAAACCCUUCCAUUAGCAUGUGUGUCCAGACUUUUGACUGGUACUGUAUUUCCAGUGGGAAAACUUUUCUUUGAACCUACAAACAGUUCUUUGUGAGGACACAUGGCCCUGUAGAAGGAAUAAAUCUUGUCAUUGAGAGUACAACAUUCUUAGACUACCAUGAAAUGUCUUUGAUGUACUUGUAAACUUUUCAUGAUUAAAAAGGCUUUAUUUUUCAUUUACUAUUCACCAAGAAAA